CAAGGUCAUUAGCACGCGGGGUAGAAGGGCUUGUUGUGGUUUGGUUUAGAACAAGGUUGAAUGAGCGUAGGAUUCGUAAGCCGGCUGACGUAUUAGCUUAGAUUUAAGUGGGUUCCCAGCUUUUUAAGAAUGUCGUUAACUCAAAGCCUAGGUUGCCACGCUACAAGCGCGCUAUGUAAGAUUGACAAGAUUAUCCAACGUGAUUGGUCAAACACAUGGGUCGAUCCAUUUUAUCGAUAUGAAUCAGUUUCGUAAUCACUGUGGAUUUCUUAAACUCUGAAAGUGAUUGAAAUGCUAAGCUAUUUAGCUUACAAUACAAAUUGAUUCAUCAUAUGUUUAAUUGGUCUGAACACCUUGGAUUCCCGCUUUCAUUAUUUGCAUCAUUUUUCGCUUAGGCGUUUCCCACUAUUCAUCCUAUUUCCUUGCUUACUUUCAUUUAUUAUGCUGAUAUGCAGUACAUAAACUUCAACUGGCACACAUUUUCUAUCGGUUUUACUUAAUCUCCGUUUCAACCUUUUGACCAUGAAAGAAAGCACGUUUUAAGACAGGAAAAGGCUUGUGUAGUCGGAGUUUUCCUAAUUUCAGUUUAUGAUAACAAUUAUUGUAUGGUAAGGUUAAAUGAUACAUGGAUUUUUUCCGCAGUCUUUUGGAACUAUAUAUGAGAUGACAAUUAAUUGUAGGAAUUUAUCCACCCUAAAUUAGUAUUGAACAAACGACCCUCUAGAUACAAGUCUAGUGAGCAAAUUUCCAAGUCAUUGAGUUACAUAAAUCAUAUGUAUCUCUUAAUUGAAAGUGAAUACUAUUUAGUCUUUUUCUUUUAAACUGUAUGUUGUGUAUUACAUGGCAUUACUCGUUGAUUUCGAAGGUCAUUUUGAGUUAGGUUAAUAACUGCAGAGAACGUUUUAAUUCCUGGAUAACCUUUGUCUGGCUCUCAACAAAAUAGUUGCAUUAUCAUACGUUUUAUACAUCCAUGUAAUUAUUCUGUAUUUUAAAACAGCUUUAACCAAAUCUUGUUUGUUUCACGUAGUUUUAAAGUCACUUUGUUUGUGGUGAUUUUCCUUGAAAAUUUAUGCAUAAAUUAUUGUAAUAUCAUUUGCAAAAGAUAUUUUGAGUUGUGUUGUAUUUUUUACAUGCAGUAAGUAACUUGCUUAUUUAUCUUAAAGUGAAAUGUCUUACUUUCAGGUUCCUAAUGACUUCACUAGAAUACAGUGAAAGGGAAUAUGAAGCAUGUGAUUGGUUUUUAACUAUGCAAACACAAAGAUCUGUCUCUGAACAUCAAUCGGAUGUGUUCGUCCCAAAUAGCGGAUUCUUGGUUGAUAACAGAACACAACGUUUUGUAGAGCGUUACUUCAAUGCAUUUUAUUUAGUUGAUGUUGGUGGGGAGUUGGAAAAUGAUAUUUGUAUAUUAAGGCAUAGCAAUACUCUGUGUGUUGUUGGUCUUGCUUGUGGGCACCAUAUUUUUAAAAGGUGUAGCAAGAAUUCAUUUAGUGACUGUUCUUCUUCCGUAACUCACGAAAUUUUAGGAUUAGACUAUCAGGUUUCCAAUGGAUCAAAUCGUUCGAAAAAAAAUGUCAAAGGCCGUCGUAAACAUGGAGGUCAUGUUUUGAAUAAAUCUACAGAUAUAAUAGCUUAUGCUAUUUGUGAUCGUGGAAUAAAGCAUCCUGUAGUGUGUGGCAUUCCAGGCAAUCUUUUGGAAGUUAAUAAUUCUCUAGACAUUACAAAAAACGAGUUUCAUCCUCCUAUCUCAGAAGAUCUAAGCUAUUUAAAUUCAAAAGUGAAGUUAGCUCCUUUGAUAGGAAGCGAGAGUACUAUUAAUGUUGGUACCUACUUAUCCAUUAUAUUGCCAAAACCAAGACUAAGGAAGGAUCAAAGUGGUUGUAGAAUUGAUAAGUCCAUUGAUGAGUCGAUUUUAAUGAUUGAUUCUCCUACUCAAAACUGUACAGCAUUAGUUGGUGAUGUUUCAGAAAAGCUUGACGAUAUAACCCAAUCAGACUAUGCAGCACAGAUUGCUGAUUUUAUUUCACAGACAUCUCUUCCUAAAGAACAAAAGGUACUUAACUGGAAUGAAUAUUCAGCCCUUCGGCAUUGUACAUAGAUUAUUCUGUGAUAUUAUUUUUUAUACUAUAUUUUUACAUUUAAAUAUAUAAAUGCUUAUCUA